ACAGACAUUUUUGCAGCAUGAGCUUUCGUGGGUGAAUACCCACUUCUUCGGAUGCAAGUGAAGAUGAAGCUGCUUUCAUUCUGUCCUAGCUCUGCAGUGAGCACCUCUAUGCCUAAUUUGAUCAUUUUCUUCAUUAUUUAUCACAUUCACAAGUUGGAAUCAGCCCAGUUCAAUGUGACCGGUCCUGGUCACCCUGUCACUGCUGUUGUGGGUGAGGCCACUGUGUUACCCUGUCACCUGUCCCCCAGGAUGAGCGCUGAGAACAUGGAGGUGAGAUGGUUCCGAUCUGAUUUCCUUUCAUUUGUGCACCUGUAUCAGCAUGGGAAGGAUCAAUACGGGAACCAGAUGCCAGACUAUCGUGGAAGGACAGAGCUUUUGAAAGCUGGCAUCACGGAUGGGAAUGUUUCCUUGCAGAUUCUUAAUAUCAGACGCUCAGAUGAAGGACAAUACAACUGUUUUGUUCAAGAUGGUUCUUUUUAUGAAGAAGCCCCAGUGGAACUGAAGAUAGCAGCUUUGGGCUCCAAUCCUCUCAUCUCUGUGGAGAGCCACCAGGAUGGAGGGAUCCGGGUGGUUUGUCAAUCGGCUGGGUGGUACCCAGAGCCCAAGGUGCUAUGGAGAGAUCCCAGUGGGCAAGAAUUACCAUCACUCUCUGAAGCAAAAUCCCUGGGGGAUAGUGGCCUGUUUGAAACAGAAAAUUCUAUUAUUAUAAAAGAACAUUCAAACCAGAACCUGUCCUGUUGGAUCAGGAACACCGUUCUCAAUCAAGAAAAGGAAUCAACCAUUUAUAUAGCAGAUUUCUUUUUCCCAAGGGUGAAUCCAUGGAUGGUGGCUCUGAGUGUGAUUCUCCUGGUUUUGUUUGGUUUCAUUGGCCUCACUCUUUAUCUAUCUAAAAUAAAAGGGAAACAUCUUGGAGAAAUCAGGAAACGUGAUACAGAAAUCAGGAAACAUCUUGGAGAAAUCAGAAAUUGGGAUGAAAUUAAGCCUGAUAAAUUCCCCUCUCGCCCCGCUCAGGGAAACGUGAUACAGAAAUCGCCUUUUCCGUGGUGUUGAAACUCUCUCUGGAUCUCUCGAUCUCUCACCCUUCUGCCAGGUGGAGUCGGCAGCAACACGGGCUGGGUUCAAUGUCAAGGGUUCCUCUUAGCAACAC